GGAUAUUCGCUAUCUUAUCUCUCCCCUGACCGAUUCAACCCGCAUUCAACUCCUCUCUCGUCCACUCGAACCAACAACAAAGAGGGCUCGUGCACUUGGACAUUGCCUCUCGAGAUGCUGUCUCGUCUCCCUCCCUGACAACUCCGUAUACCUGCGCGCACGAUCAUGCGCCCCCUUCUCGCGCAAGGGACUCUCCCACUACGUUCCGUCACCCUCCGAGCCUACAGCCGAGCACCCCUCCAGCGCGCGUGGAGAUCCCACCCUCGACGACACCAGUCCUCGAACCAUGGCAAACCGCCCCCUGAGACUGAGCAGCCGAUUCCAGUGCCCAAUACCGUCGGUCAGCUACCGCUCUGGCAGCGCCUCGGCCCUCUGACGACCCUUGCGACGGCGUACGCUCGUGCGCAGAGACGCCGUCCUUGGACAACUCAGUUUUUCAGCGCGCUGGUGAUCUACUGUAUAUCCGACAUCAGCGCCCAGAGCAUCGGCAGCGAUGAUCCCCUGGACCCGAAGCGCACGGCGAGGAGUCUGGUGAUUGGCGGUGUCGCCGCCAUUCCCAGCUACCUCUGGUUCAACUUCCUCUCGCACAACUUCAACUACUCCUCGAGGCUGUUGUCGCUCGGCACGAAGAUUGUCGUCAGCCAGUUUGUCUUCGCGCCGACGUUCAACUCGUACUUCUUCGGCAUGCAGGCCCUGCUGUCCGGGUGUACGCCCGCCGAAGUCGUGGAACGGAUCGUCAACACAGUCCCGACGAGCUGGGUGAGCUCGUGUCGGUUCUGGCCCAUUGUCACGGCUUUUAGUUUCACCUUUGUUCCCGUUGAGCACCGCAGCGUGUUCUCUGCGGUCAUCGCGAUUGGGUGGCAGACGUACCUCGCGCUGCUGAACAGGAGGGCUGAGGAGAAGGCCGCGGCUGAAGCAGGGACGCUUGACAAGCCAAAGGCGAUUGAGGCGGCAUGAUGCAAAGACAUCUGCAUGGCAACGCAUAUAUUGGCAUUUCGAUAGACAGCUUAUAGACGCAUAGACUCGUUUAGACUUCAGAGGUUGUUUUGCUACGGUGUGGUGGGACAUACAAUCCCCGGCGUCAGGUCCAAGUGACACCGCAUGGCUGCCACAAGCAAGCGACGUUUGCGAAGCACAGGAUCGAACUUGUGACGUCUGAUGCAGCGUGGUCACCGAUGAGGGGUGUGACCGAAAAUGUACGACCUGGGCCCCUGACUGGUGACAGUAAUCG